AUGGUAAUGCAUGCAAGGAAACAGCCCAAACUCAAUGAUGGGUAUGCUGACAGAAAAGACACCCAUCUGCCUCAGGACAUGCCAUACCAUAGCAGUUUAUUUACCGAUGACAGCGAUGAUGACGGACCCCUUGGCAGCCGUAUUGGUUCCCGCUAUCCGAACAAGUCCUCUUAUAUUGAGAGAAAUAAAGAAAAACGAGGUUCCCUCAGUCUCGCGGAAAAGAAAGUUAGUCACUACCUGGCCACUGGUAGCCUGGGUCGUCCAAUCCCCAUGGAGACUAGCUUCACCUUUGGUGGAGAACACAGCAGUGGCAGCGGCAUUCCUGACUCCAACCGACCAACUCCAUCCUCAUCAUCGUCCAGUCAACGUAAAGAGAGAUCAGGAAGUCAGGCAGCCAACAAUGGCAAGCAAACAACCUCAUCAGGCAAAGAAAAAGAGCAGGUGCAAAAGUCAGCCAUCCGUGUGUUUGGAGACUGGUCAGAGCACAUCAGUAGCUCUGGGAAAAGAUACUACUAUAACUGUAAGACAGAAGUUUCUCAAUGGGAGAAGCCCAAGGAGUGGAACAGUGAGAUGUGUAAGACUCCCGACCAUAGAUCUAAGGAUGGGCGAUCCAAGACACUGCCACAAGCUCAUGCCAACCAGAUCAGUGCAGACAGCAGAGCUUCUCGACAUUCCACAUCCAGCGAGCUCUCACACGAGCACCCACGACCCCACACCAUUAACAGUGGGGACAUCGUGCCCGAAUCUCAUGGCGGAAGGGAUCCAGCCCUGUCAAACGCACAUCAAUAUUACAGGGAUGGUAGAGAGUCCCGCGACAACCAACAGUUGUCCCGAGAAAACAGCAGGGACCCACAGAGGUCUGCUGAAAGACCUCGUCCCGCAGAUUCUGUCUCUAGCAAUUCUCUCUACCAUCACCACCACCAGGUGGCAGCACACCGCUCUGGCUCUACGCCGGGCGGCAACAACGGUUUAUCGGACUCACAACACAUUGACUACAAACGUUUGCAGCAUGAAGGACAGUACUCUUCUCACGUGGAUUACAAACGGUCUAGCAGUGAAAUGUCGCAGCGGAGGAGGGAUAGCCAAGGGUCUCAGAGAUACCAUGAUACAGGACAGGGGCCUGUAGAUGAUAUGGACAUUUCCCCCUCUCCCUCUCCAUCACCCUCCUCAUCACGACCUUCCUCAACCACAGGCACCCCACAGUUACCUCCUACCAGUACACCCAUCGCAUCCUCAUCCACCCCAGCCCACAUUACCACCACACCUGGAAGCCAUCGCUCCUCCCCUCCUCUAGGCAACCCUAUCCCAACACUUGUGAAUAGACAGACAGUCAACGAAGGAGGCUCCUAUGAUAAAACAAUACAAACACUCCAAGAGCUACAAAAGGUUCUCAGUAUGCAUAUUAGAGCUCAGCAGAAUACCACAAAUAUCA